UGCUUCACGGCUUGAACCACCGUGAGCAACCACCUGAAAAAAGAACGAAGCUUCCGAUUUCAGUUAGAAGUAACCUUUCUGAGGUUCACACCUUCUUUAUCCUACUUAUUCUUCCCAGAUUGCCUUAACGGGCUACAAACCCAGUUUGCUUUCUGAUAUUUUUCUUCCGAAAAGGCUUCUUUCCGCAGAUUAUUACCUGAAUUUUGGUAGAUUUUGAGGUCUCUUUGAUCUUUGGUUCCUUGAAAUAUCUGUCUCUCAUUACUGUCCAUAGUUUUUCGACUUGGAAAAGUUUCCUUUUAUUGUGAGUUGAGAUUGAGAUGGAGGUCUCAGUAGUUGGAUGUUCUCAGGCGAAGAUAGGAAAGACCGAGUUAGCUCCCCGGGAACUUGGGUUUUUUAGUUCCAAGCAGGUCUUCUCUAGAAAAUUGGGGAUUUCUUUUGAUCCGGAGAAGAGAUGGAGGAAAUCUGGAAUUCAAGUCAGUCUCAAGGCAACCCAACCGGAGGUCUCUCGAUCGGAAAAAAUUGCUGGAGACACAACAGCCAUGGCUAGAGGAUCCAAGCUUGAAGAGGAGGGAUUAAGCUUAUUUGUUGGGCUUCCUCUGGAUGUUGUCUCCGACGGCAAAACAGUCAACCAUGUGAGAGCAGUUGGGGCAGGGCUGAAAGCUCUGAAGCUCUUGGGAGUGGAUGGGGUUGAAUUCCCAAUCUGGUGGGGGGUAGUCGAGAAGGAAGGCCGGGGGAAGUACGAGUGGUCUAGCUACCUUGAACUUGCAGAGAUGAUCCGUGACGCAGGUCUCAAGAUUCGGGUCUCCCUCAACUUCCAUGCCUCCAAGCAAGCAAAGAUCCCACUCCCUGACUGGGUGUCAAAGAUUGGUGAAGCACAGCCGGACAUUUUCUUCAACGACCGGUCAGGACGGCGGUUCAAGGAAUGUUUGUCGUUGGCCGUCGAUGAAUUACCAGUCCUUGAUGGGAAGACUCCAGUUCAAGUUUACAAGGAAUUUUUGCAGAGCUUCAAGUUUUCAUUCUCUGGUCUCAUGGGCUCUACAAUCGUGGAUGUCUCGGUGAGUCUGGGUCCAGAUGGUGAGCUCAGAUACCCUUCCAGACCAUCUGCAAAAGGUAACAAGCUUAUGGGAGCAGGAGAAUUCCAGUGUUAUGACAAACACAUGCUGAGCCAUCUCAAACAACACGCUCAGGCGACCGGAAACCAUUACUGGGGCCUCGCCGGUCCCCACGACGCCCCCAAUUUUGAUCAGUCACCCUUUUCCAACAACUUCUUCAGGGAAAGAGGAGGCUCAUGGGAGACUCCAUAUGGAAAUUUCUUCCUCACAUGGUACUCAAACCAACUCAUCUCCCAUGGCAACCGCCUGCUCUCCCUCGCCUCCACCACAUUCAGUGACUCUCCUGUGACUGUGUCUGCCAAAGUCCCCGUCUUGCAUUCAUGGUACAAGACCCGCUCCCACCCUGCCGAGCUGACGGCUGGUUUCUACAACUCUGCCAACAAAGAUGGUUAUGAUGCCAUAGCUGAGAUGUUUGCAAAGAAUUCAUGCAGCAUGAUAGUGCCAGGGAUGGACCUCUCUGAUGCAAACCAACCAAAGGAAUCGCUCUCCAGCCCUGAGUCAUUGCUCUCUCAGAUCAAGAAGGCAUGCUUAAAGCAUGGUGUACUGGUUUCUGGGGAGAAUUCAUCAGUUUCUGGAGUUCCUGGGGGAUUAGAACAGAUUAUGAAGCAUCUGUCAGGGGAGAAUGCAGUGGUUGUUGAUUCAUUCACUUAUCAGAGGAUGGGAGCUUAUUUCUUCUCACCAGAACAUUUUCCUUCUUUCACAGUGUUCGUGAGGAACCUCAACCAACCCGAGUUACAGUCUGAUGACCUACCCACAAGCGAUGGAGAGGAUUCUUUAUCUUUGCCGAAGGCUUCUGAAUCAGGGAAGAAGCUCCAGGCGCAACUCUCUUAGAAGAGAUGAGAACAUUGCUCAUGUAAAUACUAAAUAGAGAACAAUUAAUUAAGAUAGAGAAUCAAUAUAUUGAUAGCAAGCAUUGUAUAGGAAGAGAGGACUUGGUAAACAAAAAAGCAUGAGAUAUAUUAUUUAUUAAAACGUGAUUAAUGAUAAUAUUGUUAGGCAUGAGAUAUAUUAUUUAUUAGAACAUGAUUAAUGAUAUUAUUGUUGUUCUAAUAAAAGUAUCUUUCUCAA